UCGCAAAGGCCAUCCAGCCCAUGCGCCCGCCCCAGGCCAGGCCAGCCGUACCCACGCCAUUCCUGGCAGACGUCUCCGCUGGAAAACAAUGCUUCCAUGGAAGGCAGCAGUGCAGUGAGCACCACCAGCACGUCUUUCGGUUUUGGCAAAUUUAAUUGAAAAUGUUUACAUAGCUCCACGAAGCAGAAAAGAACCCAAGUCUCUGAAGGUAAGCGAGGUCCCCGAGCACCGGCCACAGAUGAACAGCAUUACUGUUUCCAAAAAACGCAACUGGCUGCACCAGAGCACCCACAGAGCCCCUUGGCCGGAGGGAGAAAGCACAUGUAAGAAAAUGCAGGGGGCUGUCACCCAGGUACCCAAGUCUCCCAGCCCGCAGCCUACACCUAAAACUCAGAGGGCUCCUGCCAAGUCCCCGGGAGGGCAGGAGUGCCCCGUACCUGGCUGCGGUGCCGUGAGCGCCCUUCCGAGCACCGCGGGCUCCACCGCGCUGAGACGCUGUGCCUUCGACUUUGGUGAGGAUAACGACGCAGACGAUGAAGGAGAAAUAUGGUACAAUCCCAUUCCUGAAGACGACGAGCCAGACGUCCUGCGGGUCUUCCGUCCUGCUGCGAAUAACCCUGUCACCACGGACUGCCCCGCGGGCUGCUGCAAAAGCGUGCCCAGCAGGGACUUGGGGCGGGAGCUGGGGCCCCACGCUGGCCCCCCGGGCUCCCCAGAGCGUGCAGGGGACGCUCAGCCCGGUGAGCUGGGUCCAGCUGAUGCCGUGCACCCUGGGGAGCAUCUGCAGCAGCAGCGGCAGAGGUUUGCCUGCAAGAUCCAGGGUGUGCCGGCAGCAGAAGACAAUCCUGCGUUCAGGUGCCCUUCAACAGGGUCUGGAGUUACACUUGCACACAAGGCUGAUAUACCAUCAACAGAAGUUUCUCCUCCAAGUCCCAGUCCCUUGAAAAAAAGCGGAUCCAUCAACUGGCCCUUCCCUGAUAGAAUUAAAUCUCCCAGAACUGUGAGGAAACUUUCCAUGAAAAUGAAAAAGCUGCCAGAGCUCAGCAGGAAGCUGAGUGUCAAGGGAACUUCAAGCCAUAAUAGUUCAGAUAAUCCUUCUUCCCUGUUGAAAGGGAACUGCCGGGAUACAAGCCAUACAACAUCUUUGCCAUCUUCUGGAAACUCGACUGCAGCUGCCAGCAGGAACGUGAUAAGUCGUUACCAUCUCGACAGCAGCGUGUCGUCGCAGCACACCUACAAAAAGAAAAGCUCGAGGAGUUCCAAAUCCUCCAGCAAAGGUGGUUACCUCAGUGAUGGUGACUCUCCUGAACUCAUAACAAAAUCAGGUAAACAUGGACAUGAAACCAAGUGUGGGAAAGGAAAGGAGAGCCUUCCUAGUAACAGUGGUAAAACUGAGAUAGAUAUUGAUGCUUUCAGGCACUACAACUUUUCUGAUCAACCCAAGUGUUCUCAGUACAUCUCUGGACUCAUGAGCAUUCACUUUUAUGGUGCCGAAGACUUGAAACCACCAAGAAUAGACUCUAAAGAUGUCUUUUGUGCAAUACAGGUUGAUUCGGUAAACAAGGCAAGAACAGCCCUGCUGACAUGCAGGACAACAUUUCUAGAUAUGGACCACACGUUCAACAUAGAAAUUGAAAAUGCUCAGCACUUAAAGCUAGUGGUGUUCAGUUGGGAACCCACCCCACGGAAAAACCGCGUGUGUUGUCACGGCACUGUGGCUCUUCCUACUCUCUUUCGAGUGACAAAGACACAUCAGCUGGCUGUCAGACUGGAGCCAAGGGGACUUAUUUACGUCAAACUGUCGCUUAUGGAACAGUGGGAGAACUCCCUCGAUGGUCUGGAUGCAGAUCGGGAGCCAUUGAUGUUCGGUGUAGAUGCUCAAAAGGUUGUAGAGAAAGAAAAUACAGGCUUGAUGGUACCCCUUCUAAUUCAGAAAUGCAUUAUGGAGAUUGAAAAGAGAGGCUGUCAGAUUGUAGGGCUGUAUCGGUUGUGUGGCUCAGCAGCGGUUAAGAAGGAGCUUCGAGAGGCAUUUGAGAGGGACAGCAAGGCAGUUACUCUCUCUGAAAGCCAGUACCCAGAUAUUAAUGUGAUAACAGGCGUCCUAAAGGAUUACCUGCGAGAGCUACCCUCUCCCCUCAUAACUAAGCAGCUCUAUGAGGCAGUGGUGGAUGCCAUGGUGAAAAAUCCCCUGAAAAUGGCAGCGAGUGGUUGUGAAAAUGACCCAAGUGAGUCUGAGCACACAGUGGCACUUCUGGAUUGCCUGCCAGAUGUUGAGAAGGCUACCCUGAGGAUGCUGUUGGAUCACCUGAAACUGGUGGCUUCUUACCACGAAGUAAAUAAGAUGACGUGCCAGAACUUAGCUGUGUGUUUUGGGCCAGUGUUACUGAGCCAGAAGCAGGAGACCACCAACCAUAACAACAGAGUCUUCACAGACUCAGAGGAGCUUGCUAGUGCCCUGGACUUCAAAAAACACAUAGAAGUUCUUCACUAUUUACUCCAGCUAUGGCCAGUACAUCACUCAGCUGCCCAAGAACCGGCACAUCCGAACACGCUUCCAGAGCACCCGUCAUCCCUGAACUACCUGAGGCCCAGGAGGCCAAGGCCUCAAAUGCUGAAUCUGAGCAGCGCUGACAUGGCUGGGGUGCUCAGGCCGAGGCCGGCCGGCCUUGACAGCCCAUCGAGCAACCGCUACGCUGGCGACUGGAGCGGUUGUGGGGAGAACUACUUCUCAGACCCAAAAGACUGCCUGAGUGAAGCAGACUACGAUUACGUCCCCUCGGAGGAUGCAGAUAGCGGAGAUGACGGCGGCAGGGUGGAUGACUCGGACGGCCUCACGACGCGUCCGCAGCCCGUCCCCGGAGAGCACGCGUUUCAGAGCUACCUGACAAUGCAAGCGAUAGAUUCGGCGGUGGACCAAAGAGCAAACCUCAAAGACCUACAGGAAAGUAUCGAUACCCUGAUCGGAAACCUGGAAAGGGAACUCAACAAAAACAAACUAAACAUGAGUUGCUAAGCCCUGGCCUGCACGAUGCCUCCUUGCAGUGCCUCUGCCCCUCACCGGGCUUCCCCCGCAGUGCUGUGAGGGGUGCCGGUGCCCUUGGACGAGCUGCCAUGAGACCGUGGCCCACCCUGUGUUAACGAGUCUGUUUCAAGGCAUUCCGUUAUAUUUCUGCGUUCUUGGUAGAAGAACUUGUUGGCCUGAUUCUGGUGUUUAAGGCUGAAGCUUGGAAACCAUAAAGUGAUUUCACGUAGUGGCAUUUCUCCCUGAAAAUGCUACGCACCUAGGCGGUUUGGGCAAUAUCUGACAGAGGAGAAAUCAACAUCUCUGCUGUCUGUAACAGCAGGAAUCCUUGUUCCUGAAACUUUAGCUCUGGUACAGAAGUUCCUCUUGGAAGAGGAUUUAUGCUGCUUGGCUUGAGUUCUGCAGCAUGAACUUUAGAUAGACUCAUUUUACUAUAUAUGCAAUGGCUGCUAUGAAAAAUGCUUUAUAUAUAUAUAAAAUAUUUAUAUAUAUAGUUUUAAUUGUACAAAUAUUAAUGUAUUCAUGUAUUAACACUUUUCAAUAAUUAUUUAAACAAGCUAAAAUUAAAUAUUUUUCUAACCUUGUAUACAUCUGUGUAUAAAUGUGCAUGUUUCUGUAGCAGCCUUUGGAAAGGAAAGGUCUCUGAAUUUUGAAACAGCCCCAUUUCUGAAAAGACUUGUUCGGUGAAGCCAAGAUGAAGCUACCCCUGGAGUAGCACGGCAUUUGGUUUAUGCACAGAAACCUGUUCAGAGAGAAGGCACGGUGAAUGAUUAAUAUAAAUGACUUCGUGUUGCAGGUCAUUGGUUUGCAGGUGUUGACUGUUAACCUUCCGCCCCCCAAAUCCCCAAAUCAAAACCCUACAACCCUUUCAGAUCAAUUGUAAGGAUUUUGUAGGAUUUCUGGCAGUGAACUUUUCUUCUGUCUUUAAGGGUGACCAGCAAGAAGAUUAAGGCGUGAUUCUUUAUUUUUUGUUCUUCAGAUUUUUCUAUAUGUUUUUUUUCAUGUAAAGAAGGUCUGAAAGGUGCUUACUUUCUAUUUUAAAGGCUUUUGAUUUGUCCCUGUAACCUCUUCCCAUAUUCUCGAUGCUUUGACACUUCUUUUUGCUCCAGAGUUUCCUGUGUUUGUGUUGAACUAGCACCGUCUGGCUGCUGGUAGCAGUGUUUGAGCCCUUUGGAGAUGUGAGCUCAGAUUCUGCACAGCAGCAGUUAAUUUUUCGGAGCCUUUAGUUAAUCUCCCCAAAAUGGAAACCUGGGCUCUCCCACGGGGCCGAGUGGGCAGAGUGGUGUUACCCCUGGGGAGCUGCAGUGGGAUCGCAGUUCGCUGCGGCUCCGUUAGAUUCAGCUGUCAGCAUGCUGUCAGAUCAACUUUUAUCUUUAGUCAUUGGUGUGUGGUGAGUAAUUAAACAUUUGAUGGUAACCAAACACAAUCUUUGUUUAAUUAAGAAUAAUUACCAAAUUACAUACAGUUAGUGAUAGCCCCUCUAACAAACAGGAGACGUGGAGUCAACCCUUGUCCUUUACAGGUCACCCUUGGUGAGGAGCGGGGGAGUUGGGGGAGAGGUGGUGAGGUGGUUAUUUGUUCUGAGGUGUCAAGUCUUUGUCAACUGGCAGGUUAGAAUUAUUUCCAUGUUUUUGGUACAAUGUUGGCAUCCCGCCAUGGCUUUCUAGUCUCCGUGUGGGUAAGUGCUUUUCUGCCAACCCAGACUUCCUUGUAUUGCUUAGUUGAAGAGUUAUUUAUUUACAAUAGCAAGGAAUUAAGAAUUGUUAUGACAAACUUCAUCCCUCUUUUCUAAGGAAUUAUUUUUAAAUGGUUUCAAAUGGUUUAUUCAAUCUCAUUAAUUUAUUUUUUGUAAGUGUUAAAAGAUGCAAAACAAUUAUUGCAAUAUAAUGAUAAUGUAUGAAAAUGUAAAUUUAACCUGAAGCAUUUAUCAAUAAAUCAAUGUAUUUUUUUAAACUUUUAUACCUACAGAAUGUGCAUACAUUUUAAACUAUAAAUUUUAAUUCUAAAUAAAAUUUGAUUUAAGAACAAAAUA